GAGGAGGCCUCGAAGUAGGAUCUUUCAAGCGAGUACGAUUGGGAAACUUCGAUAGGCUUCAGUACGAAUAACUUCAUUCAGUAGACAACUACAUAAGAAUCAUUGCAAAGGUGGAACAGUAAAGGGGUCUCUAUACAACCUAUUAUAUUUGCUGUGGGUCUGAGUCGCUAUUGCUUAUCGAAGGAUAAUGGAGAAAAAGAAUAAUGGGAAAAAGAAUGUAUGCUUCGGCUUCCGAAGCAUACAUUCACCGGAAAUUCAGCGCCGGUUCGAACACGUACCCAGUAAGGUGGGAUUGUAUAUCGCGAAUUUGCCGGCACCACGUGUCCUUUCCAACUCUAACCGAUCCUGGCGCCAGGGAGUCGUUGAGAAGAUGCCCAAGAUAGAGGAAUCACCUGUUGAAACUAGUGGCUCCUCCACUGAUGCUGCUGCUCCUGCUGCUCCUGCUGAUGUGGCCGUCGCCCCCGUCGUCGCCACUGCCGAGCCCAAGAUUGAGCCUUUAAAGAUAAAAGUGCAGAAAGCAACUCAAACAAUUAUAUCGGUAUCCUCCAAUGGAGAGAUCAUAAUUUUAGGAGACGACAUGGAAACACAGGCUCCACAAGCACAAAAAGCAGAACCAGCCCCCAAUCCCGUCCAGCCACCACAGGCGGAACCCUACACUGACUCCGAGGACGGUGAUGACUAUGAGAGUGAUAGUACAGAAGAUUAUUACAAUUUAGACACAUCCUCCGAAGGUUCCGAUGACGAUGACGAUGUCCCCAACAACUUGUAUGGCUUGCUGCUGGUGACCAUGGAGGUUCUAUUUAAUUAAAAUUAGUUACAGAAUUUUGGGCCCAAAAGAGCUUCGUUGAGCUUUUAAAUUUAAAAAUUAACAAAAAAA